AUGUUGAAGAACACAAAGGCAGCAACCAAGAUAACCGCACUUGUUGUAGACGAUAGCAAGAUCAACCAAAGAAUUCACCACAAACUGUUGGAAAAUCUUGGCAUAGAAAACCAAGUUGUGGGGAAUGGGAAAGAAGCCAUUGAUGUCCACCGCUCUGGAAAACACUUUGACCUUAUUCUCAUGGACAUGGACAUGCCUAUCAUGAAUGGCAUUGAGGCAACAAGAACACUGCGUGCAAUGGGAAUUCGGAGCACAAUCGCAGGCGUUUCGUCACACUCAUCCCUCAGUGAAGACACACAAGAAUUUAUAGAGGCAGGCUUAGAUGACUACCAAGAGAAACCAUUAACCCCUGAUAAGCUUGUUGCCAUCCUCCAUAAGUUUAAUCUCCAUGUCUGA